CUAAAACAUAAUACAGUGCAAACAAACCAAACCCAACCACCCACAGAUAACAGUACAUACAAGCAAGCGUCGUCAGGCAGGCCGGGUCAAUAUCAAUAGGGCAGGUAGGUACAGGGGGAGCAAGCGGAGAUUGGUCGGGGUCACAGGCCAGGUUCAGCAGGUAGCAAGCAGCGUGGUACAGAGGGUCAGGCAGAAGGGAUGGUCAGGAGCGAGCCGGGAUCAGAGCAGGAGAAGUCAGCAGCGGUUCAGAUCAGGCAGGGUCAGCAAAGGAACAGAAACAGGAUGCAGGACAGAUACAGGGCCCAGGACAAACACAACACCAAGGCAGAGUCUGCAGGUCUGGCC